AUGGCAAGACUCAACGCAACGCCGGCGAAGCAGACAACUGCUCGGAGAUUGAAAAAAUUAUCUGAGAAGAAGGAACCACACACCUCCGUCCGACGCAUAUUCAAAGAUCGGUCACCAACAAUAGAAGCAGAAGAAGACAGGGAGGAACAAUGGAGGAUAGCAACCGAUGCAUGGGCCAAAGACAGAUCUUAUGGAUUUGGAGGGAGACCACCGCUGGGAAGAAAUCGAUCACAACGGGAAAAGAAGGCGACUUUGGCAGCGAGCUUCAACAUACUUCCCGAUAGUGACGGGUCGAGCGACGUGGACGAGGACUACAAAUCCUCCACGAGCUCUGCCCCCGAGGAGGCAGUCAAGACGACAGUCCCGCUGAAGCAAGCACAUGUCAACUCACUCCUGCUCCCACUGUCGCAACAACCACGAAACCGACCAACUCAAAAACUGGAAACAUACGACUAUGCGAAGGAGAACGACCCCAUUGACGGGGAGGAAGAGGAAAAUGCACAGACAAUAUCCAGGCAUUCAUCCAAUGCCUCUUCGCGGUAUUCGCCAACAAGGAGGAAUGCCCGCCAGGAUAUGGAAGAGAAGGAGGGAAACCUCCGAUUUCUGAGUUAUCGCCAGUCACAAGAGUCUAAUUCAGAAGAUGAAGAGGGAGACAAGAGCUUUAGUUCCCUGGAUGAUUUCAUAGUCAGUGACAAUGAAGAGCUGAGCUAUCAUGAGACAUCUGCAGACGAACUAGAGGAGGAAGAGAUCCCGAAAAGGAUUUCUCCCCCAAGACCAAGGCGAAGGUUGUUAAGAGGCAGACGACCAAACCCUGAAGCAGAGCUCAGGGAGGCUUUGAUGAACCCUUCAUACAAAGAUGACCUCUGCUUAGAACCAUCCCUGCCACCUACGAUGACAAUACCAACCCCCCAGCUGAAACCAAAACCUGAGAAAUCACACGUGAAAGAUUCCAAAAUGACCAAAGCCAAAGUGCUGAACCUAGAGGACUCUGAUACUGACUCCCAGCUUCAAAGAGACAGCACUGCGGCACAUACUGAUUCACCCAUAAAGAAAUCAGAAGCUUCUCUGGCGGUUCUGGAAACACCACCUCCCAGUCCCUCUAAGAGCCUUCUUCGGUCACCAACGAAGGGCAGGAUCUGCAUACCACCAACCCCAUACCGCGAGAGCGUUGAUGCUUUCUGGAGCCAAGACGCCACCAAUGACUGGAUCGACCAACAUUCUCCGCAGAAAGAAGAAAAGAAAUUAGAGCAGUAUCUACGAGAAUUUGAGGAGUCAGAUGAUGAUACCAACUCCGAAAACAUGCGAAGACCCCGUGAAAGGCAGAGAGAGCCCAAAACUCCAAGCAAGACGGCAUUGAAGAGAGCAGAGACAGAGAAGAAGAAAGCUGCUCUAGCACGCAAGAAGUCGUUUGACAACAAGAAGGCGCAAAUCGCAGAUGACUUUCUCAAGGUUCUAGAUGAGGCCGUUUCUGGAGGCCAAAUCCAAAAGCUCGCAGAGGAAACGGGCGGUGUCCGGAUCAUCUGGAGCAAAACCCUGCUGACUACGGCCGGACGUGCCAACUGGAAACGCGAGAAGAUUGGAAAAGAGUCUCGAACAUCAGAAAGCGGAUCUGAACCGUCAACGCUGAUCAAGCAGCAUGCUACAAUUGAGCUUGCAGAGCGCAUCAUCGACAGCGAGGAUCGACUGAUCAACACAGUGGCACAUGAGUACUGCCAUCUGGCGAAUUACAUGAUUUCAAACAUCCACAACAACCCCCAUGGGGCAAGCUUUAAGCUUUGGGGUCGCAAAUGCAAAGAAGCCUUGAAAGACCACCCUGUGUACGGCGGAAGAGUCGAAGUGACGACGAAACACAGCUACCAGAUCGAUUACAAAUAUGUCUGGAGUUGCGUUGACUGCGGUCAGAACUAUGGCCGGCAUUCCAAGAGCAUUGACGUUGCAAAAUCUCGCUGCGGCGCAUGCAAAGGCCUUUUGCAGCAGAUCAAGCCGAAGCCAAGAAAUGUCUCACCCAGGAAGAAGCAACCGACUCCUCCGUCAGAGCGGUGCGAAAAGAAAUCAGUGGAGGAUAUGGCGAAAGUGUUUGGCGAAGUCAGUUUGUACAGUUAA